AUGCCGCUUCAUCUCCUAGGCAAGAAGUCGUGGAACGUCUACAAUGCCGACAACGUCGCCCGCGUUCGUCGCGAUGAGGCUGCCGCGAAGGCCGCCGAAGAAGGGGAAGAGCAGCGCAUGCAGGAGAUUGAUGCGCAACGUCGAUUGGCCAUUCUACGCGGCGAAGAGCCUCCUCCUAUCGAAGAACCCGAAUCAACCAAGCCGAACGAGACAUCCAUUGGUGAUCGCGAUGCUUCACAUAGGGGACCGCGACGAAAGCGAAAGCGACCAGAUGAGGAUGACACCGACUUCGAAAUGCGAAUAGCAAGAGAGAAUGAAAACACAGCUCUCGUGAAAUCCGAGCCUGAGCGCAAGAGUACAAGCUCUGCGCCUAUUGUGGACCAUAAUGGACAUAUCGAUUUGCUCGGCGAUGAGAAGUCAAGGGCGCACGCAGAAAAGAAUGAAGAGGCCGAGAAGGAAGCCAAGAAAAAGAAGCAGAGCUAUGAAGACCAGUUUAUGAUGCGUCUCUCCAAUGCCGCAGGGAAGGAUGGUGUUCUACGACCAUGGUACUCGCAAGCCGAUGCUGCGGCCCCUGAUGCUUCGUCGAAGGAUGUAUGGGGAAAUCAGGACCCGAACCGUAGAGAUCGCGAUGCCAAACGAGUGGCGUCCAACGAUCCUCUUGCCAUGAUGAAGCAAGGAGCUUCCAAGGUUCGUGAGCUUAAACAAGACAGAAAGCGCUUCCAAGAGGAAAGAGAACAGGAGUUAAAGAAUCUGCGCCGCGAGGAGCGACAUCGCGAAAAGAAACGGCGACGACACGAAGGGACCGUAGUCGUGAUCGAGAGAGAUCAUCAGAUCGUCAUGAGCGAAGACAACGGUCUAAAGAGCGAGGGCAUGAUCGUGAUCGACAACAUGAUUCACGGAGUCGAAGACAUGAGCGUCAUGACAGAGAAGGGUCUCGGCAUGAGAGAAGGCGUCACGACGAUGAUGAGCCACGAAGAGAGAGGAGCAGGCAAGAUAAAGAACACCAUGAGAAACAAGACCUGCGGUCUGGAGAAAGAGGAGAUAAAGAGCGACGACGAAGUCGUCAUGAACUACGAUAGCGAUCGACAUGAUACCCGGCUACUUUUUAUACUAUGCUCCAUGAAGCAGUUUGAACCAAGAUUCUCUUGA